AUGGAGGCGCGAAACGAGGCACUGAAACGAGGGAUGGUGGCGUUACAGCGGGAUGUAGAGGCACAGAGCAGCGCGCUGAAACAGGGGGUAACCGUGUUACAUCGGGAUGUGGAGGCGAACAUGCUGUCGUUUCAACGAGGGGCGGAGUUCUGGCGACGUGUAGUGCACCUGUACGGCAGUUACAAGCUCCAGGUGGCAGUGAGUGGCCAAUCAGAGGAGGAGAAAUCUGCCACGUGGCAGAGGCAGCAUGAGAGGGGAGCCGAGAUGCUCUAUGCUCUCUGCACCGACAUGAAAGGAUUCUUCCUCAAGGCGGGUCAGUUCUUAGCCAAGCCGGACCUCUCCCCACCAGCGUGGGUGCGUCGCCUCUCUGCCCUCCACGACUCUCCUCCGUCUCACCCCUUCCUUCUAUCCCCGCAUCUCCCACUCCUUCCUCCCACAAUCACAGGCGGGUCAGUUCUUAGCCAAGCCAGACCUCUCCCCACCAGCGUGGGUGCGUCGCCUCUCUGCCCUCCACGACUCUCCUCCGUCUCACCCCUUCCUUCUAUCCCCGCAUCUCCCACUCCUUCCUCCCACAAUCACAGGCGGGCGGGUCAGUUCUUAGCCAAGCCGGACCUCUCCCCACCAGCGUGGGCGGGUCAGUUUCUAGCCAAGCCAGACCUCUCCCCACCAGCGUGGGUGCGUCGCCUCUCUGCCCUCCACGACGCUGCUCCUGCCGACCCGCUCCCCCUCGUGCUCCAGACGAUUCAAGAGGAGCUGGGGGGGAUGGGAUGGAGGGAGGUGUGGGAGUGGGUGGAGGAGAAACCACUUGGGUCUGCAUCGAUUGCCCAAGUGCACAGAGGGAGGCUGAGAGGAGGGAAAGAGGUUGCUAUCAAGGAGCAACACACAGGAGCCGAGCCCCUCAUGCUCACAGACCUCGCCAACCUCAAGGCGUUUCCUGCCUUUCUGCAGAGCAUGGAGAUCAAAGCUCAGAGCACGCAGGCGCAGAGCCUCUCAUGCUCACAGACCUCGCCAACGAAAGCCUCUCCUGCCCUUUCCCCCACCCUCCUCGUUACACGUACUCACUUUCACUUUCAGGUGCAACACGCGGGUGCCAAGCCCCUCAUGCUCACAGACCUCGCCAACCUCAAGGCCUUUGCUGCCUUCCUGCAGAGCACGGAGCUGAAUAUGGAUGUGAUGGGCGCUCUGAACGAGCUGGAGAAGCAGAUCCGGUACGAGUUCGACUUCCGCAGGGAGGCUGCAGCCAUGGAUACCAUCCGAGCCUCGCUGGCAGCGCCUGCUAGUGAUGGACUUAAUCAAGGGCUCUCCAAUCGUGAAGAUGGGAGAAGAGAUGCGAGCCAAGGGAGUCAACCCCAACGGCUUCCUUGCUACCAGAGCCAAGAGGUCAAUCUUUCGGUCACUCGGGGCAGCUUACGGGCUGAUGAUCUUGCGGGACGGGCAUUUUCAGGCUGA